AUGAUGGCCGCAAGUUUGCAGCCUCGGCCACGGAGCUCUCGCUUCGUGGUUUUCAUGACCGCGUGGAUGGGGUGGUUGACGACAGCAUUGGCCUUCAAAACGGCUGAUUUCCCGAUAGAGUUGAUCAACUCAACCAAUUCGACAGUGGCCCGGCAGGCGAACAAGGUCAUCGCCAGGAACUUGGCUUUCGACAUGAAGCAAAUGAAUGCCAUCCCGGACCCGUCAAUGAACAAGAGCGGGGAAAACAAGACCGGCGAGGAUGUGAAUGAAACCGAAUCCGAAGCCGAAGGAAUGGGUGGUCUUGGAAGGACUCUCGAGUUCUUGAUGCUGAAGGUCACGCAGCUCGAAACACUUUGUGAACUGCAGCAGACCGAGAUCGUAUCCCUGAGGAAGACGGUGAAGGAGCAUCUGGACGCCGACCAUAAGGACAGCAAGGUAGCACUGGUGCAGAAGGACCCGAAGACUCACAUGGAGGAGGUCCAAUCCACUCUCAAGGGUGUUGUCAAGAAACACGCGCGUCAGCUAAAGCACCGAGAGUUCCACCCGAAGGCCCGCACCGCGAAUCAGGCGGAGUUGCUUGAGAAACGCCGCAAGACGACAAAAGCCGGUGCCGAAUCCUUGGAAAGCUCAGUGUCCUCCAAGAUCCCGAUUAUUAGCGACGUCUACGAGUUCGGGAAGGACCGGGUCAAUGACGUCAAGGACGGCACUGGCCUUGUCGGCGACGCCCUAGGAGACGCCUACGAGUUUGCUGAAGACAAGGUUGACUUCGUGGCUCGGACCACCAUCGACACUGUGCAAAAGGCAGUGGAUAUCCUCGCCCGCGGCUUCACAGACUGGCGUGCUUGGUGCCCUACAGCAAACUUGCCCUGGGUGGUUGCCGACAACAACGGGGUCACCAUCGAGUUCGGCCACGUGCAUUGUGCAAUUUCGCUGAUGGGGCAGCAAACCACCUUGUUCAAUUUCAACUUUGGCCGCAAGCACUUCUGGUGGCCUAAGGCAGUACUGGCAGUCACGUACGGAAAGAUUCUGGAUCUGAUGCCUGAACCAGUGAAGCUUGUUGCAGGGACUGCGUACGAGGCUAUCCGGACAGUGUUCAGCGUAGGCUGGGAGCUGAUGCAUUGCCCGCACCGUGGACACCACCAUCACUUGAUCGCAUGUCUUGGUGGUUGGGUCCAGCACCUUGCAAAUCCUCUGCACUGGAUGCCAAACCCCGUGAAGACCCUUGCCAAUGGCCAGAUCAUGAGCCUCCUGCCGGGACAAUUGAACCAGAUUGUCAGCGGUGACAUCAACGGUCUUUUGCCCCGACAGUUGAGGCAGAUUGUCAGCGGUGACAUUAAUGGUCUAUUGCCGGGGCAAUUGAAGCAGAUUGUCAGCGGUGACAUCAACGGUCUUUUGCCCCGACAGUUGAGGCAGAUUGUCAGCGGUGACAUUAACGGUCUUUUGCCACGACAAUUGAGGCAGAUUGUCAGCGGUGACAUAAAUGGUCUAUUGCCGGGGCAAUUGAAGCAGAUUGUCAGCGGUGACAUCAUGGGGCUCAUGCCGGGGCCAAUGCAGCUUCUCGGUGGCAGCGAGCCGAAUUCCGUCCAGAACAUGGUCAAUAUGGGCAGUGAGCUAACGAAGUGCUCUGAGGCGGCAGCUAAAGGUGACUUAGUCCAGUGCCUUGGCUUCAAGAUCAUCGGCAGCGUCCCUCCCCUGAACUUCUUGAACCGCCUGGGCGACAUCUUCGCAGAGUUUAUCGCAGCCUUCGCCACAGUGGCCUCCAAGCUGGCGGCUCAAGCGAUAAAGGGCGGGGAAUCCCUCCUUCAGACGGCGGUCACGACGGAGUUCCCCUCUGCCGGCGCUCAAUCCAUGGUGCAUCACAGAGGCGCCAACCUCGUCAUCAGGAAGCACUCGCAGAAGAUGCCAGGUAAACAUGCCGAGCUGCUGCAGGAGAUGGCCACCUUGGAGGCCCAAGGCGACGGCGAAGCAGACGACAGGCCACCGGCGGGUGUGAAGUGGACCUUUCAUGACUACUCGGCUGAGACCCAGGAGUUGGUCACACAGUUCAACGGCAGGGAGACUGUGACGGGAUCCUGCCUUGCCUUCGCACCCAGGAACAAGACCGGAAGCGGCAAGCAGGCAACCCAACAGGAUUGGCAGGCGCCCACAGACGACGACUUCGUGAAGCUCGAGCCGUGGGCGGUGCCUUGUGGACCCGAGUGGAUGAAGGACCAUUGGGACAAGUGGCAAGGCUAUUCCUUCUAUUCGGUGGGGAAGUCAAUUGAGAAGUGUCUGACGGUGACCUUCGAGUUGAACAUGCAGCCCGUUGUGGCCUUCGUGGGCGGUAUCCAGUUCGAUUUACUGCCGGGCCCACUCGUCGAAAUCGACUCGACAGUCUGCUGGCCGAGAUCUCAGCCCGGUGGGCUUGACCUCAGCGUGCUGCGCUCCGAGAUCAGGUCCAACGGUGUCCUGCUGUUCGCUCGGACGCUGCGCCUGGCAAAGCGGUUUGGCAGCGACACACACUUCACCGCUGACAAUGUCCACGGAGGCCAUCAAACAUCGCGACACUUCUUCGGCGUGUCAGCGGCAGAAGGAGAAAGCGGAACUGCCAUGGAAUACAUGGCGAGGACGUCACUUCUGCAGGCUAACCGCAGCCGAGCGCACGCGAAGGCUCAGCUGCAGGAAUCCUUGUACUGGAAAACGGAGGAGGACGAUCUCUACUUGGCCUCGAUCGAGAUCGGGAAAGACUUGGGCAUCAACAAAACCUCGGAAGCGCGAGGGUCCUCAGCCGGGGAGCGCAUCGAUUCCCUCCUUUCGACCUCCGAAGGAGAAGAGCAGAAGGAUACUUUCAAGCUAUUCGGCUUCAAGAACCCAGGCAUGGUCAACUUCGACAUCCAAGGCCUCUUGACGGGCAACGUCAUUUAUCUUGGCAUGCAGAUGGGUUUCGGCUACUACCAAAGCCCGGAAAUGAAAAUUCCCUUGUUCAACUUUGCGGAGCAGUUCGCCGCCAUUUUGGCAGCAAUUCCGGGUGAGAUCAUCUCCGAAGAAAGUAGGGCCCGUGCCAUCUCUGCCUUGUUCGACUUCAGCUACGCGGACGUCGGCAAGGUGCGGCAAACCUCCAAGGCCGUGAGAGUGACCGAUCCUGCAGCAAAGAAGAAGGAAGAAGAAUGGUCCUUCGACGUCAACUCGCCACCGGUCGGUUCUGGGAUCAAACGUCCAGAUCCUGCUGAGGAGGAGGUUCUCCGCGAGUGCCAGGGCAGCAUUGUGGAGGGGAGCAGCUCGUGCUCCCAUCUGCAGGAGGCAGACUGCAGCAACUACUUUGUGACGCAUGGAGAUCGCACAAUGCAGUGCAGCUGGCUGGACGGGAGAUGCUUGACUAUGGGAACCCUGUGCCAGACUACCACCAGCACAACAACCAUGACCACGACAAUAACGACUACAACUAUAACGACCACAUCAACUUCGACUACGACAACAACGACCUCAACAACAACGACUUCGACCUCCACAGUGACAACCACCACUACCACCUUCCUCGCUGACGAUUGGAAGUUGGUGAUGAAGAUCGGCAGCACGAACACCUUGGGAUUCUCCAGCCCACUUUGGACCAACGGUGAUGUCCUGAACCAAGGCUCCCCGUGGUGGAAGAUCGAGGAUGCCAAGUACAGCCCAUUCAACACGGAGCCCUUCAAGCGGAUUCGCAUGUGCGUCGGAAGCCCGAAGUCCAACUGCGUGGAUCACGUCUUCUCCAGAGAGUACGACAGUGCCAGGGCCCUCUUCAGCGCCGGGUACAUUCGAGACUCUCGCGUGGACCAAAAUGGCAUUCUGGACGCCUUCGGGCCCCCAUCAGGCACCUACCAGAAUUGCCCCAUGCAGAGGCCUGGCUUCAACAUCCAGUGCAACCAUGGCAACAAAGCUCGCUGGGGCUUCUGCAAUAAUUGCAAAAGCCAAUCCUGCCAAAACUCCGACUCGGACGACGCAGACGCCGCUAUCGGCAUUGGUCUGGAUGGACAGGACACGAGCGAGAUGGGAGCAGGUUGGACCAAGUACUUCACGACCACCGGCGGCACUUGCGGAGCCGCUGGGAAGACCUACAAGCCAGUGUGGCUCUGGGUCGAGGCUGUCGUCGCCAACUGGAAGCUGGUAUUGAAGGGUGGCAAAACGUCGCGGUUUGGCUUCUCCAGCUCAUACUGGAUCAACCACGCCUUGUACAACUCUGGCUCGUCGGUGUCACACCCUUCAGAUGCCAAGUACCGCGCCUUCCUGACGGAGAGCUUCAAGCGGAUUCGCAUGUGCGUCGGAAGCCCGGAGUCCAACUGCGUGGCCCACGUCUUCUCCAGAAGGUACAGCAGUGCCAGGGCCCUCUUCAACUCCGGGUACAUCCGAGACUCGAGCGUGGACCAAGCAGGCUUUCUGCGCGCCUUCGGCCCCCCAUCAGGCUCAUACCAGAAUUGCCCGAUGCAAAGGCCUGGCUUCAACAUCCAGUGCAACGAUGGCAACAAAGCUCGCUGGGGCUUUUGUAAUAAUUGCAAAAGCCAAUCGUGCCAAAGCUCCGACUCCCACGACGCAGACGCCGCUAUCGGCAUUGGUCUGAAUGGACAGGCAACGAGCGAGAUGGGAGCAGGUUGGACCAGGUACUUCACGACCACCAGAGGCACAUGCGGAAACGCCGGGAACACCUUCAAACAAGUGUGGUUUUGGGUGGACAGCCGCGCCAACUGGAAGCUUGUACUGAAGGGUGGAAAAACGUCACGCUUCGGCUUCUCCAGCUCGUACUGGACCAACUACGCCUUGUACAACUCCGGCUCGUCGGUGACGUACCCUUCGGAUGCCAAGUACCGCGCCUUCCUGACGGAGCCCUUUACACGUAUUCGCAUGUGCGUUGGAAGCCCGGAGUCCAACUGCGUGACCCACGUCUUCUCCAGAAGGUACAGCAGUGCCAGGGCCCUCUUCAGCGCCGGGUACAUUCGAGACUCCAGCGUGGACCAAGCGGGCUUUCUGCAUGCCUUCGGCCCCCCAUCAGGCUCAUACCAGAAUUGCCCGAUGCAAAGGCCUGGCUUCAACAUCCAGUGCAAAGAUGGCAACAAAGCUCGUUGGGGCUUCUGCAAUAACUGCCGAAGCCAAUCCUGCCAAAACUCCGACUCCCACGAUGCAGAUGCCGCUAUCGGCAUUGGACUCGCAGGACAGGCAACGAGCCCCGAGAUGGGAGCAGGUUGGACCACGUACUUCACCACCAGCGGUAGCACGUGUGGAUCCCCCGGGAAGAUCUACAAGCAGGUGUGGCUUUGGGUCGACAGCCUCGCGAGGUGA